UAGGCUUGGGCUGCUAAGGUGGGCUUCUAUUGGGCCCAAAUACACGGCAACUGAUUAAAGCACACAACGCAGUCGAGAAUGGCCCCUUCCAAAAAAACACCAACAGUAGACCGUUGAGCCACUCCUCUGAACCUAACGGUAACAAAUCCGAUUUCUCCUUCAACCUGAAUCCCUUCUUCUUCUUCUUCUCCUUCUUCUUCUACUACAAUACAAUACGAUACAAUGGGCACCCUCAAAGGCUCCAAUAAUUUUGCCUCCGCUCGUAGACGAUGGAGUGAGGUAUUCGUCUCCCUCUUAGACAUGAUCGAUACCCAGAAAACCCAGAUCGAAUAUCUCCUUGAAAAAACAGACAUGUUCGAAGAUCGACUUAAAUCGCAGCGCGAACGGUUUCAAGACAAGAUCUCUCGGAUGAAAAGCGAAAUGGUUGUUCAAGAGAUGGUGUGUGAUGUUGAGGCAGCAUAUUGGGAUUUGACGUUGGGUCAGAAGCAGAGAGAUGCUUUUAACUACAAAUUUAAAUUAGAUGAUGCAGUCAGUGAAUUGGCGGAUUUUAGAGCAUGGUUUGACCACCUCUGUUCUAAGUGCAGUGACGCAAAUGAGAACAGUUCAAAGGUGACGGCCCUCUUGGCAGAGAAGGACUUUGUCUGGAACCAGUAUAAAAAGAGGGAGAGCGACCUCACUGACCGGUUGAAGAGUAAAAGUACUGAAGUUGAACAGGCAAAUGAGAAGAUACAGAAACUUCUUGCAAGUAUGGAGAUAUUGCAGUCCUCAAACAGUGAGAAAGAUCGUAUAAUACUAAAGUUGAAAACCGAACUUGAAGAAGCCUCAGUGAAAAAGAGUGAAGAAAUUUCUAGGCUUUCAAGAGAACUAGAGUUGUUAAGAAAGGGUAAAGGUGCUUCUGUUACACCAGUUUUACGCCGUUGCUCAACAAGAUCUCGCUCGAACGAAGGCAAUGAUGCAAGAAAUAUCAAUCUGAAGAGAGAAUCACAUCCUUCGCAAGUAGUUGAGAAGGGGUGCAGAAGUUCAAAGAGAACAGCAGUUGAACCCUUUCCCACUUCAGAGACUCCAAAAUUGUUCACAUCAGCGUUCAAAGUUCCUAAACUGAAGAAUUUAUCUCCUUGUGUUAUUUGACAUCUCAGGUCGCUGUUGUUUUAUUCAGUAGCUAUCUAUGCGUGUAAUAUGAUUGUUGGGGGUUAACUAAUUUAUGUGUCUAUUCUUCUUUGCUUUGUGUAGUUUAUGCGAUCGGCUUUGGGAUCAAAUGUAAUUUAUGCAUUCCAUUUUGGUGAUUCAAAGAUUCACCUUUUGACAUUGUAGACAAGAUUUUCGAUAGAUGUUCUUGGUUACUUCUCACGCAACCA